AACUGUUGGAACAAAUAAUAUCUAAAUCAAGGAAUUUCAGGCGGAUAUGAGAAUGAGCGAAUCAGCUGAUCCACCGUUCGAGAUAGCCUACAAGCAUCUGCUGGAGAACGUACCCGAAAAUAACAGUUUAUCGACUGUGGAGGAGUGCGAGCUCCCCUUAAUCGAUAUGCAGCAAUUAGGCCUGGGAGAGGCGGAGAGACAGGAAUGCAAGAAGCUCAUUGCUCGGGCUUCCCAGGAAUGGGGUUUCUUCCAGGUCAUCAACCACGGAGCUUCUCGCAACGUGCUGGAGAAUAUGAGAAGCGAGCAAGUGAAGCUGAUGAGAAAGCCGUUCCAAGAGAAGAAAGCCUACAAAGAUCUGUACUUAUCGGAUGGAACUUAUCGAUGGGGCGCGCCUUUGCCUACUUCUCUUAAGCAGCUCUCCUGGUCCGAGGCCUUCCAUGUCCAGUUGAGCGAUAUACUGGACUCCCGCCGCUCCCACAACACCAACCGCCUCAGGUCAAGCAUGGAGGAAUUUGUGUUUGCCAUUUGUGAAGUGGCGAAAGAGUUGGCGGAGAUACUGGCGGAGGAAAUGGGACGUGAGACGGAUCUUUUCCAAGAAGCGUGCCUCCCGGAGAGCUGCUACCUCCGGUUGAACAGAUACCCGCCUUGCCCAAACCACAGUCACUUGAUGGGCUUGAUGCCACACACCGACACUUCCUUCCUCACUGUACUACACCAAGACAACGUCGGAGGGCUGCAGCUCGUCAAAGACGGAAAAUGGAUCGCCGUCAAACCCAAUCCGGAUGCCCUCAUCAUCAACAUCGGCGAUCUGUUUCAGGCAUGGAGCAACAACUUGUACAAGAGCGUGGAGCAUCGCGUAGUAGUAGCGAAUCCGGUGAAGGAGAGGUUCUCCACGGCUUAUUUCUUAUGUCCGCCAACCGAGACCGUCAUUGAGAGCGGCGGAGUUGGAGGAGCUGUUUACCGGAGUUUUAGCUUCGGAGAAUACAAGAAGCAGAUCGAGUUGGAUGUUAAGAACGUUGGCCAGAAAAUAGGGCUUCCGAGGUUCCUCUUACCCACUCAUUAA